ACCGAACUUCCCGGUGUUACUCGUGUAUCGGUCCGUGCGCGCGGACAGCCCCCCAGUCAGUUCAUUCCUCGGCGCUACAGGGUGAGAUGUCUGCGGGAAACAGCUGCUUCCGUCGACGAGGACUCUAGCUAUGGAGUUUGAAACUAAAAUCUACCCUCAGAUCGGCGGGUACGGGCGAUACAACAGGAUCAUAACGCUUUUCAGCUGGUUCCCGAACUUCGCGGUCUCGUUGAAUCUCUUCAGCGAUGUUUUCUUCACGCUCGUGCCCGAGUCUUACCACUGCAGACCCGACCCGGCGUUACUCCCGCCGUCCGCUCUGCUCGGAAACCUCUCCAGGCGAGCGUACCUCAACCUCACCGUCCCGUGGCUGAAGGGGUCGGGGUUCAGUCACUGCGAACUUUACAAGUACCCUGUGAACGUAAGCGACUACAGCGAGGACGUGCCCAGAGAGGUGGUGCGGUGCACUAGAGGAUGGGAGUACGGCAAACCCGCGGGUCUCCACAACAAUUUAGUGACCGAGUGGGACUUGGUGUGUGCCGACUACUGGAAGAUUCCACUCCAACACAUAUGUUUUAUGACAGGCUGGAUCCUGGGCUAUAUACUCCUUGGCACUAUAUGUGACUGGCUGGGUCGUCGCUGUGCUCUGCUGCUGUCCGUGGUUCUCUCUGGCUUGCUGGGAAUCAUGACUUGUCUCUCCAACAGCCCUUCUGCGUUCCCGUUUCUUCGGCUCUGCCAGGGCUCGACGUUAGCCGGAGUGUUUUUGUCGUCUUACAUUGCAAGGCUUGAAUGGUGUGACCCUCCUCACAGACUUAUGGUGUCCAUGGUCAGCGGCUUCUUUGCCGUGUUUGCAGAGCUUUUGUUGCCAGGACUAGCCGUGCUUUGCAGUGAUUGGCCUAUACUUCAGGCUGUUGCCACACUGCCCUUGCUGCUACUACUUUCCUAUUGGUGCUGUGCUUCAGUGUUCCCGGAAUCUCCCCGUUGGCUCAUGGCCACAUCUCAGAUUCCUCAAGCUAAGAAAUGUCUCCAGUCUUUUUCAGCACGAAAUGGCAUGUGUGUUAGCGAUGAGCUCUACCCCACUGAAACACUGCUGGCAGAGAUAGAUGAGGUAUUCCCUGAAGACACUCAGCCAGAAUAUCAUCACGUAGUAGAGUUGCGUCAAACCAGAGUCAUCUGGAAGAACUGCCUCAUCUUGGGCUUCACUCUCUUCAUCGGCACAGGAAUCCAGUACUGCUUCACGCGUAACCUGCAUAUCUACUCGCCACACUUCUACUUCAGCUAUUUCCUGCGCGUGCUGACCGGAGCUCUGGCCUGCAUCUUCCUGUGUGUGUCUGUGGACCGCUUUGGCCGCAGGGGGAUGCUGCUGCUGGCAGCCAUUGUCACGGGUCUGUCUUCACUGCUGCUGCUGGCCCUCACGCAAUACCUGCAUGGAGGGUUUGUUCUGGUUCUGUCUGUUGUGGGUCUCCUUUCGUCUCAGGCUUUGGCCAUGCUCAGCGUGUUCUUUGGCAGUGAAGUCAUGCCAACUGUUGUCCGCGGUGGCACGCUGGGUCUGAUCAUGGCCGCAGGCUGCGUGGGAAUGGCUGCUUCCUCUCUGAUGGAGCUGCAAAAUAACGGCGGCUAUUUCUUGCAUCACGUAAUCUUCGCCUCCUUCGCCGUUCUCUCGGUCCUGUGCAUCAUGCUGCUGCCGGAGAGCAAAUACAAGCCGCUGCCGGACUCGCUUAAAGACGGAGAGCGGCAACGGCGUCCUCCGCUCUUCCUCUCGCGCACGGCCCGGGACAACCCGCCUUUACUGCACACGCAGCCGCACAGCUCCGAGUACAACCGGGACAAUUACUCCCGCCUCGUCACCGCCACCAAAAAGAUGCUCACCAAAGACACUCUGCCAUACAAGAUCUCCAUUUCGCCACAAGCGCCUCUGCUGGCCAGUAACGGCACUGCUCCGGACGCCAAUGAAGACUCGUCCUAGCAUUUCGCCCCCCCAAAGCCGUUUUUUUGACACGCAGGACCUCAUCUCAUAGCGUGGCCGGUUCGGCCCCCGCGUCUUUUCCCAGCGAAGACGACGUCUUGGUGUUGGAGUAUGUUGAGCAUUCGGUUGGUGAAUGGUAAAUUUUUCAGUUUGUCGUGACUUUGUAUGUUGAUUUUUGUAUUGGUUAGGAAUCCCAACUCUAUGCACAGAUGUUGCUGGGAGACUCUGUCCGUGGUUUGUAUGUCUCAACUGUAUGUUUGAAUGAAGUUUAAGAUUUAGUAUGGUAUCCGUUAAUGGUCACCUGAGAGCCAUCGCCUGUCCACUUAGCGGGUGCGUCUCGUGCCUCUCAUUACUGUAGUCUUGUGACUAAAGCAUAAAAGCUUACUUGACCCCACCGUAUGGCGAUUCGCUGAGGGGUGCUAAAACCUCCACUCAAUAUCAUAGUUUUAUCUCCUCGGAGUGGAAUGAAGAGCACUUGAUGACGUCGGGAUCGCUUGGGAAAAGUCUACUCUUAAUAAUGUUGGAAUGUGAUUGGUUUCUGUGGAAUGGUAGCUCAUCUCAAUUCCUCAUGUGGAGUUUUGUCACAUCACAUUCCUAUCUUUCUGCUGUUUUGUGUGUUUUUUUUUUUUUUAUGUCCGUCAAGCAGAGCUAGAACUGAACCAAACCUGACAGAGCGAGGGAACUGUUUUUGUCAUUGUUUUAGCUUCUGUUACAUGUUUGAAAUGGAAAUAAACUGUUUACUGUACCAGG